AUGCCUGGAAACAUGGCCCAGCCAGGAAGCGGUUCUGGGCCUGGGCCUCCCCGCACCACUCAGUGGGACGACAGAGGUACGGGACAGCAUCGUCCAGAGUCUGACGGCGCGGCACUGAUUAGCUCGCAAUCCGACGCGUUCGGGCGGCCGGCAUCGUAUGUUGACGGCUCGUCGCUCUUUCCUUCUGCUUCCUCUGCAUCGUACGCUGCAGCGAGCGGCGGAGGGGUCCGUGCAGAUGCUUUUCCGAAUCCUUUGCUCGGCCAGAGUAAUCAUCCAACACAUGACCCACAGCCGCAUGCCCAUGACCACAGCACGUUUCUUCACCAUGCAUCACACUACAGCCCAUAUUCGCAGCCACUUUCAGUCAUGAGCCAUGCCUCGCAGCAGCCGCAUCAACAGCACCAGGAUCACGAGCAUCAUCAUCAUCAGCAUUCACUUCAGCUACCGCCGCCGCCACCGCUGCACCACCAAAACUAUCAACAGCACCAGCAUCAGCAACACCAGCAUCCUUUGCAGCACACUCCCGACCAGGAGCUUGGUGGUUUGCAGAUGCCAAGCGAGUUGAUGGGCUCUCAAUCGCUGGAGAUGCAACAUCCGCAUUCACCGUAUGCUCCGCAUCACCAUUUGGACGGUCAUCAGAGUCCUGUUCCUGCGCAACACCGAGCACUGGGGCGAGCUGAAGGAGCGGCGGAGCCCCACACGCCUCGCCCGCCCAAUGCUUGGAUCUUGUAUCGAUCGCAAAAAUUCAGGGAGAUCCAGCAGACUCGCGAGGCGCUGACGCGCUCUGGCUCGACAGAGAAAUCCAAAUCGCAGGCCGAGAUCUCCCGCAUCAUCUCGCAGAUGUGGCAGAACGAGACCGCGGCUAUAAAGGGGAAGUUCGAGGCAUUGGCCGACGAAAAGAAGAUGGCCCAUCAGAAAAUGUACCCUACCUAUCGAUAUCGACCCAAGAAGAAUAGCAAACGGAAGCAAGGUGCCGUAGCUGCUGCUCAGAAAAACGAUCUGAAGCAGAAAUCGAAUGGCCCUGCUUCCAAGAAGGCGGCUUACGGAAGCCAUGUCGGUGGAAGUCGAGUUUUCGAGGCCUCGGAAGGAAACAGCUCGACUCGCAACUCGAGCGAGCGAACGGGUGGUUAUGAGAGCCAACGCUCUCCUCCGAGCAGGCACGAUCCUGCUGGUCGCGAGCGCGAGCCGACGUAUCGUCGUGCGGCGGGCUACGUCGAACGAAAGGAGCGCGGUGAAUUCCAAAUGCCCAUCACGUACGUACGCUCGGUGUCAGGAAGCACACCAUCGAGCGAUGGACCUACGUUUCCGUACAACAACACCAGCAUGCAUCCGUACGGAGAACGACCCAUGUCGCGUCCAGACGCAUUUGGAGACUCGCAGACGAACCCCAGCACAUACGGAAGCAGCAGCCACUGGUCAGAGGCGGAUGCGCUCAGCGGCUCCUCGGGCGGCGGGUACUUUGAAGCGGCUCGCAGCGCCUCGACUGGAUACACGAUGUUUGGCAAUCCGCGACCACCACCGUCAUCGAUGCUGGGCCCAGGCUCGGUGGGCGGUGCGCCUUCCUUGCUCACACUGUCGCCGUCCUCCCAGGAACACCAGCAGCAGCAGCAACCUCCUUCUGAGCGUCAAUUGGUCCCAUCGCAACAUCUCGUAGCACCUAUCGGCUACCUCGAGGGUGGACUCGGACUGAACGGCCUGAGCAGUUCCGGCGCAAGUGGCCACUUUCGGGCGCGGGGGCCGUCGUCGUAUGGAGAGUUGAGGUCGGAAAUGGUCAGCGGCCUGACGAUGCCUGGUGGAGACAGCGAGAGGGGGUCGGAGCCGCUGGAUGUUCAUCGAUGCCUGCAGCUGCCAUGA